CGUUUUGUCAAUUUGUGAAUUGACUCCAUUGAUCUGUUCCCAAAUACUAUGAAACGUCGCCGUUUUAUCUGCCCGUUCGCGUACACGCACUGCUCCGCCAGCAGGCCCAAAGCGCUUUCACAAUUCCUUCAUUUUCUCUAGAAAAUCUCGAUCAUCACUGAACUUCAAGCCAUCAUGCGCUUCUAGUACGGUACACAGGCAUAGUUCGUUUUGGAGAAGAGCCCACAUCCUCUUCUUCUUCCGGUGUUUAUAUUUAUAUAUAUAAAUCAGAAAAGAAGAGAAAAACCUUCAGUUUCAGACCCAAAUUCUUCUGAACCAGGUUAUGUGAUGGUUGAACUGGUUGAUAGGGGGAGACAUCGAGGAAAACUGUGUCAUGUCAUAUGAGUUUUGGGUUGCAGAAGCUUGUUGGAGACAGUGGGAUGGAAAGGAAAAGAAUAGACGACUAUGAACCAGGACCAAUUCCAUCUCCUAAACCACUGGACAGAUUUGGAUUUAUAAAGCAAGAAUUUAAUACAUCUCCUGAAGGGUUAAGCAAGAGUAGGACAGCAAAUGACCAUGAGCGGGAGGAAAGACGGGUUAGAAAAUGGAGGAAAAUGAUUGGAAUUGGAGGGAGUGAUUGGAAGCAUUACGUUAGGAGGAAACCUAAUGUGGUUAAAAGACGUAUAAGAAAAGGAAUUCCUGAUUGUUUAAGGGGACUUGUUUGGCAGUUGAUCUCAGGAAGUCGUGACCUCUUGCUGAUGAACCCUGGAGUUUAUGAGCAACUGGUAAUAUACGAGACAUCUGCUUCAGAAUUGGAUAUAAUUCGAGAUAUUUCUCGUACCUUCCCAUCACAUGUUUUCUUCCAGCAGAGACAUGGACCUGGUCAAAGGUCCCUCUACAAUGUUUUGAAGGCAUACUCUGUGUAUGACAGAGAUGUUGGAUAUGUUCAGGGAAUGGGAUUUUUAGCUGGCUUACUGCUUCUUUAUAUGAGUGAAGAAGAUGCAUUCUGGUUGAUGGUUGCAUUACUUAAAGGAGCUGUUCAUGCUCCAAUGGAAGGAUUAUAUUUGGUGGGCUUGCCUCUGGUACAGCAAUACCUUUUUCAGUUUGAAAACUUGGUGAGGGAGCAGUUGCCAAGGCUGGGAGAACAUUUUACUCAAGAAGUAAUAAGCCCUAGCAUGUAUGCAAGUCAGUGGUUCAUAACUGUUUUCUCAUACUCUUUCCCAUUCCAUUUGGCUCUUCGAAUUUGGGAUGUCUUUCUUUAUGAGGGUGUUAAAAUCGUUUUCCAAGUUGGUCUGGCCCUACUGAAAUAUUGCCAUGAUGACUUAACAAAACUACCUUUCGAGAAACUCAUACAUGCUUUGCGUAACUUCCCUGAGGAUGCAAUGAAUCCAGAUACACUAUUACCGAUGGCCUACUCAAUCAAGGUGUCUAAGCGACUAGAGGAGCUGAAGUUGGAGUAUGAGAAGCAAAAUGGAAAGCAAGCUCAGUCUGGAGAAUCUAGUGGAAAGCAGAAAUAGCUGCAGCAAAGAUGCCUCUCAACCGGAGAGACUUAAGCCGAGAAGUCUGAGCCAUAUGCUGAUUCUUUUAUUCUUUUGCCAUGUUUGUCUGUAUUGCUCGAGGAAAAUGUACAUCGAAGAAACAAUUCCAUGAAUUUAUGCUUAAAAGUAUCAUGUGCCAUGCAAAAUUCCAUUUUGUAUGCUGAAAUCUUUUUAUCAGACAAGGUGAAAGUGGUGGAAAGUGUUGUUAUCUA